AGCUGAAGUCAUUCGCAGCAAAGAAACCGAAACGAAAUGUGCUACAAGUUGUCCCUAAUUGCGCUCAGUGUGCUGAUCAGCAUAGUGUGCGUGCACAGCGCCGCGGUGGAUCAGACGCAUCUGGUGGUGGAGAAACAGCAGCUGGAGGGCCAGACAACAACUGAUGACAUCGAUGCGACCAGUGUGCCGGAGCAAUGCCAUCAGCCAAAGGAGACGGGUCGCUGUUUUGCGCUCUUCUAUCGCUUUGCCUACAAUCUGGACACGCAUGCCUGCGAAGAGUUCGUCUACGGCGGCUGCGCCGGCAACAGCAACAACUUUGAGACCAAAGAGCAGUGCGAGCAGCUCUGCCUGGGCAUAUCAGCGCCAUCAACCGCAGCUUCCGCGACAGAGCAGAGCACGGAACUGACUGCGGAGCAACAGCAAGCGGCAGAGACGACCACGAGCAGCGCCAACCAGCCCGCUUCGGAUUAGUGGGAAGAACCCGGACACUGUCUAUAUAGUACAUAAGUAAAAAGCUAACACUCACAAUUAUAUUAAUCACGCUCCCACUAUACAUACCCAUAUGUGUACAGAUUUAAUGUAUCGACACAUAUACACUUAAGUACACAGCUCCAGGGGCGGACUCUGAAGUAAAGGGUCCCAGUAUUAAAAAAAAUUUAAAAAAUCGAUCUAUACCAAAUCAUCUUCUUAAAUACAGUUUUAAUAACAAGAAAAGUCACGUGUUCCACUAAUAAAUACGUCCGUCAUAGAUUAAGUACUAUUGCAGACAAUAUUGUAUCAAUAUCAAUUAUAUAUAUCAAUUGUUAGCGGCAUAGUAAAGUUAUAAACUGCCGAUUGUAGGCAAAUCAAAAUUUUACUCAAACAAGAAUGUUAUUUCCUUCCGAACGUUCCUUUGGGAACUUUAUGAUAUGGUGGUCCAAUCCGGUACAUUCGAAAUAUUCUUCACAACGGCGCCUUAGAUUGUUGAGCGCCGCCUUCACUCCGUUCCUGCUUAGCUC